GGCCAUUGGCAAUCUCCCUACUCAUCUCUGUUACAGGAGUAACAUUCGACUGCUACGGAAGUACCCGUGGGCCAAUUGAAAUUUGGGAUUAAGAGCCAAUAAGAAUACAGAAAAAAAAAGAAAGACCAAUUGAAAUAAUCCACGAAAAUAACGGCGGUGACGACGUUUAGCAAUAGUUUUUACUUGAUUUGGAGUGAUUUGGAGAAAUUCUGUGUUUUUCAGAGUUGCAUAGUGGCCCAUUAAAGUGAAUAUUUCAAAGGAUCAGAAAAUAUUUGAAACACGAGUUAAAAAUGAAGCUGCUUUUAGCCCUCAUGUUUCUAGUGAAGGAGGCAUUUAGUAUGUAUUCAUCUAAUUCUGACGUAAUUGAUUUGAAACCCAACAAUUUUGAUAGUAAUGUUCUACAUAGUGACAACGUUUGGAUUGUUGAGUUUUAUGCUCCAUGGUGUGGGCAUUGUCAGCAGUUAAAGCCAGAAUAUGAAAAAGCUGCUACAGCUCUUAAGGGUAUUGUGAAAGUUGGUGCAGCGAAUGCAGAUGAACACAAGUCCCUUGGAGCAAAAUAUGGCAUCCAUGGAUUUCCAACAAUUAAAAUCUUUGGUGCCAAUAAAAAUAAGCCUGAUGACUACAAUGGUGAGCGAACUGCUGCUGCCAUUGUUGAUAUUGCACUUAAUGUUGCUAGUCAAAAAGCUCGAGCAAUAUUGGGGGGUAAGAAGAGUGGUAACGAAUCUAAGCAGAAGAAUUCUAAAGAUGUCAUUGAGUUGACAGAUGAGAACUUUGAUAAAUUAGUAUUGGAUUCAGAAGAUAUGUGGUUAGUUGAAUUUUAUGCUCCUUGGUGUGGUCAUUGCAAAAAUUUGGCACCUGUCUGGUCAGCUGCUGCUACAGAACUUAAAGGAAAAGUCAAGUUGGGUGCUAUUGAUGCAACAGUUAAUACCAUAAAGGCGAGCCAUUAUGGAAUUCGUGGUUACCCGACUAUUAAAUACUUCGCUCCUGGAAAGAAGAACAGUGAUUCCGUUUUAGAAUAUGAUGGUGGUCGCACGAGUAGUGAUAUUGUAAAUUGGGCUAUGGAUAAAUUAUCUGAAAAUAUUCCAGCGCCAGAAGUUAUUCAAGUUAUAAACGAACACAGCUUAAAGGAAGCAUGCGAAGAUAAACCACUAUGUGUUGUAUCCGUUCUUCCUCACAUAUUGGACUGCCAGUCUGCCUGUCGAAAUGCAUAUUUAGACGUAUUAAAGAGCCUGAGUGAGAAGUAUAAGAAGAAAGUAUGGGGAUGGGUAUGGUCUGAAGCUGGAGCACAACCGAAUUUGGAGGAAGCUUUGGAAAUUGGGGGCUUCGGGUAUCCAGCAUUAGCUGCCGUUAAUGUUAAGAAAAUGAAAUAUUCUUUGCUUAAAGGUAGCUUUUCUUAUGAUGGAAUCAAUGAGUUUUUGCGAGAUUUGAGUUAUGGUCGUGGAGGUACAGCUCCUCUUAAAGGAGCACAGCUUCCUAAAAUAUAUAAAACAGAACCGUGGGAUGGUAAAGACGCUGAACCGCCACAAGAAGAAGACAACGAUUUAAGUGAUGUCGUGUUAGACGAAAAGGACGAAUUGUAAACAUGUAGAACAACUUUAAUGCUCUAUUAUAAAAGUUGUAGUUAUGUUUAGUCACUUAUUUCAUACCAACUGGAUAAAGAAAGUUUCUUUUCGUAAAUUAAUUUUAUGAAGUAACAAUAGCUUGUUAUUAUUUCAAAAGGUCUGUAAAUUGUUGGCGAUCCAUAUUUUGGCCAUAUUAUCGAACUGAAAUUUUUUUAUAACAUAAGUUUUAUUCAUACAACUAAAUGAGCUAGGUUUACAAUUGCGUAUAUGACCUUUUUUUUUCAUAAAUUUUGUAGCAAAUAAGAGAGAAAUUUGAUAACUGUUCAUUUAUGAAUAAUCAAAAUGUCAAAUAAAUUCUACCACAUUUCUUCA